AUGGAUGAGAAAGUCCCCUAUCUGGCUCGCUCCGAGUCUGUACAGAGUGAUGAAAGCGAUGAUAGGAAGGUCAUUGGGUCCACAAACCUGGUGGACGAGAAUGGCGAGAUUCGUCUAAUUCCGAUGCCGACUCCAGACCCGAAAGUCGGCUCGCUCGCCCUCAGCGCGGAAGUCAUCAUUGGUGCCUUGAUCCCCGUUUUCUUGCUCGAGUACUCUGGCGUCGACCCCCGCUCACUAAACGACGUGGACUUUGUGGCCAACUCGCACGGGUCAAUCAAUUUCAACCCCCUAUCCGUCGUCCCGCCAGGCAUCGUUCCAGCCGACAUUGGCCAGGUUUCCCUCUUGGCCACCAUUCCGCUGCUCGCCAACGGCAUUGCGUCAUACUUCCUUGUUCCGCUGUCCAUUGCUAUUGGCCGACGGCCUGUACUCUUGCUCACCGGCGCACUUGCUUGGAUAGGAGGCCUCUGGGCUGGGCUCAGCACCUCCUUGGAAAGUCACAUGGCAGCACGCGCGCUGCAAGGUUUGGGCGCUGGUGCAGUCGAAGCACUUAUACCGCUCAUUGUCCAGGAUAUCAUGUUUAUCCACCAGCGCAACAAGGCCAUGAGUGCCGUCAUUAGCAGCCAGGGUAUCGUCAUCAUUGCUCUGGGCAUUGCGGCGCCCUAUGUGGCGGCCAACUUCACAUGGAGGAUUCUAUAUUUUGCCACGAGCGGGUUUGGAGUUCUAGCGUGGGCGCUCAUGAUCGCCUUUCUCCCCGAGACGAGGUGGACGAGAGGCAAGGAAGAGCUGAGUGGGCAAAAGAUUUAUGCGCUUGCACCGGGCGAGCGGCGACCAAGGCUCGAGCCCGAGACAUACGGACCAAGAACUAUGUGGACAACGGUAGGAGUGUUCCAGUUUGGAUUUGAGUGGAAAGAAGCUGGCAGAUCUAUGCUUGAUACUUUACGUACAACCCUGUUCCCGGCCAUAUUGUGGACAACGUUGGCGAACUCAGCGUUCGUGAUUAUCAAUCAGGCAGCCCAGCAACUGGGGUCGUUUGCACUGCUAGCCCAGGGGUGGCAAUUUCAAUACACGGGCCUCUCGGUGAUUCCAACUGUCGCUGCCACUAUAGCCGUCUACUUUCUCGGCGGGCCAGUGUCUGACAAGAUCUCUUUAUGGAUCACUCGCCACCACGGCGGAGUUCGCGAGGCUGAAUUCCACCUACCGAACCUGAUCCUGCCAUUUGUUUCGGGCAUCUUGGGCACCUUUAUAUUUGGAUAUGCUGGACAAAACAACUUACACUGGGCUUUAAUUCUGCUAGGUGCCUUCUUCAUCAUUUUCGCAUUUUUGACGGUGCUCACCGUGGUCAAUGUGUUUGUGGUCGAGUCCUAUCCAAUGUGGGCAGGUCCCGUAUUGGUCAACGUGAGCAGUCUCAGGAUUGUGAUUGCAUUCUUCCUCAGCAGCCAAGUCACAGUUUGGGUUGUGGAGAAGGGCAUCCUCAACACGUUUGCUAUCUAUGCCGAAUCUUUGAUUGUUCUCAGCCUGGGCUUACCGAUACUAUGGUUCUUUGGCAAGAGCAUCAGGAUCUGGACGGCGGGCCGCGUUGAAGCCGUGGCCACGGAGAAGCUGAAGAGAGUUGAUUCAGUAUGA